CCAAGACAUCCAAUAGGGCUGGUGCCCUGGAGAGGUGCUCUUUUGGGAAGGAGGAAAAAAGGUGUGUCAGCACAGUCAGUUUUGGGACUGACACAAACCUGAUUGGGAAAUCGAGGAGUGUGUGUGUGUGUGUGUAUGUUGGGGGUGGAGUAGAAACUAUAAAUCUUCCACAAGAGCUGAACCCGUGAGCUGAAGGGAAAAAACCUUGCCUGCAGCCUCCUGUUCACAAGCAAGACAAAGUGAAAGAAUGCAGAACCACAGACCUCUAGAUACUGGACCUCAAAUUUCAGUUUCCUGCUUCCAGAAACGAUAUGGAUUGUUCUUCUUUCUUUAUGCAUUGGUGGUGAAUGUUUCUGCAUCCAGCAUUCAGCUCCAGGAAAGCACAGAAAACUGCCAGGAUUUCGGAGACAAUUUUAUAAGAUUCGUGGUAGAAGGAGAACCUGUGGUCCUGAAAGCACCUUUUCUGCGGGAUUUCUUCAGUCUCCCCUAUAAGCUAUCAUGGCAUAAAAAUGAUUCAGAGAAGACUGUUCUAGGAGUGGGUGAAUCAGGCAGAACAUGGAUAAAAGACAAUGCCCUCUGGAUUGUGCCAGCUUCAGUGGAGGACACAGGAACUUACAUUUGCACCAUUAGGAAUGAAUCUUAUUGUGCCACAAAAUCUAUUGAAUUAAAGGUCUUAAAGAAGAUGACAGCUUCUCUACACUUAAUUUCUUAUCGCCAAACUGUGGUCUCUUCAAGUCCUGGAAGGCUAGUGUGCCCUGAAAUAAAUGAUUUUAUCCAAAAGACAAAUAAAAUGGAAAUAAAAUGGUAUAAGGAUUCAGUUCUUUUGGAUGAAAGCAAUAAGAAGUUCUCAAUAUUGAAAGGAUCCACUGACUGCCAUAUAAACAAUGUAUCCCUGAACAACUCUGGUUACUACACCUGUGAGCUUCCUUUUGUCCAUGGAAAUGUGAAGUAUAACAUCACCAGGCACAUUAAGCUCCGUGUCCUGAAAAAAAAGGAGGAUUCUUUUCCUGUGAUUAUCUUACCCAAUAAGACAAUAUCAACUUCUCUUGGUUCAAAACUGAUCAUUCCCUGCAAAGCAUUUUUCGGCUUGGGCCCACAGUCUACGAUGCUUUUGUGGUGGACAGCGAACAAGACUUUUGUGGAUAAUGUCUAUAAAGAAGGGCGAGUGAAGGAAGGACAACACCAUAAAUAUUUAGAAAACAAUAAAAGCUACCUUGAAGCACCUCUGAUAUUUGAUUCAGUGGAAAAGAAGGAUUUGUACACUGAAUUUGUAUGUACAGCCAGGAACAGAUUGGGAUCCCAGACUUUGCAUGCAAGAGUUAAAGAAGGCUACAUGUUUUUUAGCAUUAAAAAGCAAUACAAGUGGGUCCUCUGAUUGGAGGACUGGAGGGCCAAGCAAAGAACGCCUCCAUUUAAAGAAAGCCCACGCCAGCUGUCUCAUCAUUUCCGGCUGGACUACACUCUUUUGGACUGGACCCCGCUGUGCCCACAGGAACCUCCUCAUCAGGAAACUCACCGUCCUGCUCGGCCGCCAUCAGCAUCCUCAACGCCGCCUUCUGUUUUUUUCUGUUUGGGGGGCUGGAGGGUGGUGCAGAGCUUCCCACAACAGCCAUCUUUCCCCCCUUAUGCACCCGUAUUCCUUUGGAGUGCAUCCUAUCAGGGCCCCACCUAGGGUGCUUCCUCUCACCCCAUCCCCCAACCCUGCCUUUAAAAAUAAAAGUGUACUCCUAGCACAUAGCACAUUGCCUGACCUGUAGUAGACACAAUAAAUGUUCACUGACUGGCAUGACCCGUAGAAGCUUGUCAGACCUAAUUCGCGUCCUGACUUUGGGGCUUUGUGUUCUUCAUCUGGAGAGGCCUCCGAGCUCCCUUCCUCCUUUCACCUCUGCCUCUGAAAAGUCCUGAA